AUGAGUGUUGAAGACAUAACUACGGAACAGUUAGAAGAUGCUACUAAAUCUUUUGUUUCAAUUGAGUCUGCCACUCAAAUAAGUAGAAGAUUUGUUAGGAAAAAAUUAGAAGAAAUUUUUAACUUAGAGGAAAACGCUUUAUAUGAAAGGAAAAAAGAAAUCAAUGAUAUUGUUGAAAAAGUGCUUAUAAAUCUACUUCAAGAAGAAAAUAAAAAAAAAAAUGAUGAUUUACGUAUAAAAGAUGAAGACAUGAACAGUGUAGAAACCAAUGAUGAUGGAGAUGAAAAUAGUAUACUAGCGAAUUCAAGCAAAAUGAACAGUAACCAGAGGAAUAAAAACAGAAGUGAAGAAGUUAAAAAUGAAAACAGUAUUGAUGAUAAAUCAUUGUGCGCACAAUCAGAUAGUAAUGAUAAUAAAAAUUCCUCAAAAAAGAGAAAAAAAGGUGGUAAUGAAUCUCUUUCAGCUAGAAAAAAACAAGCGAAUGUGAUGACAAAAGACUAUUUUUUAGACAGCGCAAAAACAUUAUUAUGCAAUAUCUCGGAAAACAUAAAAUUGAAACUAGAACCAAGAAUAUUCAGUACAGGAAGUUGCGGAUGGCAUAUUAUGGAUAAAGUUUAUCUUUUAGUUGGAGAUCAUAAUGUCCUUUGUCAGCUUUGCAUUAACUGUUCAGUUAUUGGUAGCAAACAGUGGAAUUAA